CGUAGCCGGAUGACUGUAGUGAAGUCACCGGGAACUAGUGGACGAACACUUUAUCCAGCUGCACCAUCACCGUGAAAGACGUCAUUCAAAUCGUAGAGUUUGUUUUUUAUUUAGCGACCGGCGUCUCCGCUUCCUCCCGUUGGGCUUAUUCACCCCUUCCCUCUCCCAGCGUUGGGUUGUCAGGCGGACUAGCAUCGAUUCCCCAUCGGUCCUCCCUCGAACAUGGUGGUGGCCUGUGGCCAAGAAGACGACGAGACAGCCCGGGGACGUCGAGUGGAGUCGUUUUAAACCCAUAUUUCGGGUUUGUACUCUCAUCUGUCGCGUUUGGCCUUCACCGUUUGGACUUUCGACGUUGAAGGCAAAUCUCCCCUAUUAGCGGAUUUGUAGGGGGGGCACAACGCGGUAAUUUGGCGUCCGAAGUUACCCUCAACUUUUGGGGGGGAGAUAAGAUGGCGACAUUGGAGGAGACAAGUGCACUCUGAUGGGACCGUGUUACCCCCUGCGUCACUUUUAGCAGCCUUCCCCCUUGUUUGUUUACUUGGAUUACUACAUAUUAUGGAUAUUCGCAGUCAAGGGGCGCCUUCUCGGGAAUAAUCACCAUCACCGGUGAUGACAAUAAUGACCGAGAAAAGCGAUGGUUUCCCCUCGUCGAGAUUUUGAGUAGUCGCGGGCAGUUCAUUACAUGGAGACUCGGCUGACAUGCCGAGGACGGAGUUGCCACUACCCGACGGUUGGGAGGAAGCCCGAGACUUUGACGGCAAAGUCUACUACAUCGACCACAUCAACCAUAGCACCAGCUGGAUCGAUCCCAGAGACAGGCAGACGAAGCCUCUGACGUUCGCCGACUGUAUCGGAGAUGAGCUGCCGGUCGGUUGGGAGGAGGCGUUCCACCCCGUGGUCGGGGCGUACUAUGUCGACCACAACACAAAAAGCACCCAACUGGAGGACCCGCGAGCACAGUGGCAGCGGGAGCAAGAGGCCAUGCUCCGGGAGUACCUGGCCGUGGCCCGGGACGCCCUCAGCGCCCAAAAGGAGAUCUACCAGGUGAAGGAGCAGCGGCUCCGUCUCGCGCAGCAGGAGUACCUCCAGCUCAACAAUACUUGGCGGGACAAGUCCACGUCGCAGACAAGCUUGAACUCCAGAACGUCCACCUCCAGCAAGUACGACCCAGAUAUCCUCAAAGCUGAAAUCGCCACAGCCAAAAGUCGGGUCAGCAAGCUGAAGCGGGACCUGGCCUGUAUGAAGCAGGAGCUGCAGUACAAAGAACAAGGCUUCGAGACCCUCAAAGAGAUCGACCAGAAGGUGUCCAACGGCCCAUAUGGCUUCAAGCUGCAGGAGGCGCAGGCCAUCCUCAACGAGGUGCGCUCCAUUCGAGACGCCAUCAGCACUGGCGAGAAGGAGAAACAAGAACUCAUGCAGAAACUGGCGAUUCUGAAGGAUGCUUUCCAGUUGGACUCGGGCUCGCAGCAGGAUCUGUGGGGCAGCAGUCCCUCGCUGGCCAACUCGGAGCUGUCCAUCCCGCGACUCUACUCUGACGCCGGGUCCCAGACGGACAUCCCCGCCGAGUUUGUGAACAACUCCAACAAACUUGCGGAGAAAGUUCGCCUGAGUCUGAAGUACGAGGAGGCCAGACGAAGGAUCGCCACCAUCGAGGUGCAGAUCGCCAAGCUGGACAGCGAAGCGUGGCCGGGCCUGCUGGACCCGGAGCGCGACCGCCUCAUCCUUAUCAACGAGAAGGAGGAGUUGCUGAAGGAGUUGCAGUACGUACGUCCCCAACAGCGCCUGGAGCCCAGCGACGCCCAGAAGCUGGAGACGCAGAAGAAGCGUCUGGAGAGAGACCUGCAGGCCGCCAGGGACAACCAGAGCAAAGCUCUGACUGAAAGGCUGCGACUUCACUGCAAGAGGAACAAGCUGGUCAGGGAGCUGGAGGAGUUGGUUCGACUGGCCACGUCGUUGCAUACUCAGCUCAAAAGCCUGUCCGCCAGCACGCUGUCGUGUUCGUCCGGCAGCAGCCGAGGCUCGCUGACGUCCAGCCGCGGCUCGCUGGCCACCACCUCCAGCUUGGGCUCCUCCUCCUCCCUGAGUUUCACCGACAUCUACCUGGAGCAGCCGGAGCUGGCCGACCCGGACUUCCAGAACAAGCUGGACAGCCUCCUGCAGGACGGCGGCCAGGCUGGCUACCGGCCCUCCAACUCCAUCACCACCAUACACGAACACGAAGUGGUGACGGGCGCCGACGGGAGGGACGACGAAAGGCCCGAAGGCCAAACACAGAGGCUGGGUGGAGAUUUUGGCAAAGGUGUUGCGGGAGGGGAGGUGGGACCCUCCAGGAUUCAAGCGCUCAGACUCUCCGAGACCCCACGCUCCAUGAACUCUUUGUCGCCACGCUCGUCGCUUUCCUCGCUCUCGCCGCCUUGCUCGCCGCUUGUCACGGACGCUACCUUCCUGUCCGGGGAGGCCUUUGCCGGCCAAGCGGGGCCCGGUGGCGUGAGCCUAGAUUUGGAACUUCAGAGCAGACUAGCGGCGCUGGACCUCAGGCUGGACUCCCAGGAGCAGCGGCAGGAGGAACGAGGCGCCCCCGGUGGGCUGGAGGAGAAGCAGGAACGCAACGGCUUGCUGGUUGAGGAGGUGAAAGUGGCGCCACUUGCAGCGGGGCCAAAGAUUGGCGUGAUCUCAGCUGUGUCUGACGAGUCUGUCGCCGGUGACAGCGGCGUGUACGAGCCCUCUGAGCGCAGGCCAGGCCUCCCUGGCGACCUGCUCCUGACCUCCGACGAGGAGAGGCUGCCUCUGGGCUGCGCUCAGGUGCAGCUCGGCUUCCGCUACGAGCCACGAGACCGGCGCUUCACAGUCUCCGUCAUGCGACUGUCCAACUGUAGCGCCCUCUGUCUCCCGGCUGACCAGAAAAUACACGUCCGCGUCGCCGUGCUCCCCUGCGUGGAGACCACACGCUGCCUUUUCCGAACCUGCGGCUACCCACCGGAAGAAGUUUUGGACUUCAACGAGGUGUUCGGCAUCCAGCUGUCUCACAGCGCACUACGGCAGAAAACGCUGAGGGUGGACGUGUGCGACACCGCCAAGUCGGGCCACGAGCAAUGCCUGGCAGGAGCCCAGAUCAGCCUGGCCGACGUCAGCUGUUCGGAGGAGAGAAGAACCAAGUGGUACAAUCUGCUGAGUCAUGCUCUCCUGCCCAUUGCCAGCGGCAAGGACAAAGAGAGCGGCACAACCUGCGGCUUAGACACGAGCGGACCUUGUAGGAGUGACAGAGUUGCGGGCGACGAAGAAGCGUGGCACGGCGACCUGCUGGAGGUCUUUGACGAUGAAGAAGAACUCUGCGCUGUGGGGACAGAGCCUGUGGAGGAAGGAGACCUUUUCUUCGCUGACGGCGGCCAGUGGCAGACAGAGGAGGAGCAACAGCAAGAUGAAGAGGAGGAGGAGGAGGACGAGAGCGAGACCAAAGUUCCCCCUCGAGCCGCCAUUAAAGAAAAGGUGAACAAGGAGACGAGUAUGGACGGCUCAUCAUCCGGUCACCACUCGGUGGUCCGACCCAAGGAACGGCGUGCCGACCUCCCCCAACAUCAGCACGCCUUCAUGCGGGGCACCGCCAUCAUCCGCUCCAAGACCUUCUCCCCGGGCCCGCAGAGCCAGUACAUCUGCAGGAUCAACCGCAGUGACAGCGACAGCUCCACACUCUCCAAAAAGUCUCCAUUUGUGCGAAAUGCCUCCGAGAGACGCAGCAUGCGCAUGAAGAAGCCUCCCACGCAGGUGAAAGGUCUGGACGGCCUGCUGCGGACCUCUUUGGACCUGGAGCUGGACCUGCAGGUGUCCCGCACCCGCCAGUCGCGCCUGGAUCAGGAGCUGCACGUCUUGCGUGAGCUGAAGGCGCAGCUGGAGACGGCGCGGCAACAGGGCCGGCGCGAGCUACCCGCCUGGGUCCGAGAAGACGAGCGCUUCCGUCUCCUCCUCAAGCACGCCGAGAAACAGACUCAGGAGGAGCAGCUGCAGGAGAAGCGGGUGGAGAAGAUGAUGAGGGCGGCGGCAAAGGACGUCCACAAAAUCAGAGGUCGCAGCCGCAAGGAGGUCCCCGAGGUGCAGACUUUCCGGGAGAAAAUGGCAUUCUUCACACGAGCCAAGACCAGUAUCCCGGAUCUGCCGGCCCAUGACGUCUAGCCAAGCAUUUCAAGAGAGUCUUAACCCUCCUCUGCGCCUCAAGUCAAAGCGGUCGUAUGAAGAAUUUUACCAUAUCGUAGACGCAAAACAAAUAUUACCGUGACCACUCAGCAUUGUUAGCUUUUGUAAAGUUAGUGACCACGCCGCUCCAGGUUUUCGUUUUGUUUUGUUUCUGUUACUAACACGACUUUGAAAUCAUUCCAGCACAAGCAACAGCACAAAUGUCUAAUCUAACAAUAAUGGUACUGAAGCAACAAGAUUUGAUGAGAAUCAUAAAUACAAUAUGAGAAAGUAUGUUUUGAAAUGAUCUGUGUUUGUAUUUGAAAUCCUCUUGAACUGGAAGAAGAGAACUACAUGUCCCAGCAUGCAUCGCAGCACCUCGUCACACACCCAAAUUCUCUCACAAUCUUCACUACUUUCAUCUACAGUAGCAAAAGGAAAUAUUCGAAUGCUUAAAAAAAAAAAAUCCGAUCAUUGGUAUCCUAUCAAUAGCACUGAUGGUCGCGAUUCCGUUUUUUUUCUACAUUCUUAUUUGAAUGAGUCAAAAAAACUCUCACACUCAGGUAGAAAAUUAGUUAGUCUGCACUUUAAUGGAAUGAUUGUAAGCAGUGUCAAGAGAAAAAAUAUAUAUCACGCUGGAAUAAUUAUUGAAACCUUGAAAGAAAUGACUGCAAAACAUCGUGAUUGUACUCAGCACCAGCAUUGGCACCUUGCUCUUCAUUCUGAUUGGCUAUUUCGUUGAACGAGUUGUAACUGGAUGAAUUUACAGUUUUCCGCAUCUAUGACUGGUUUUUUUUUAGGCUUACAAGAAAACCAGUAAUAAUCUGUGUUUAUCCAUUACUGGGUUCCAAAGGGGCAGAAAGUUUGAAAAUAAAUUUCCAUGGGAAGUUGAGAUGGGGAAUUUUGGAAAUCUUCCAAAUUGGAAAUGUUAUCGGCUUUAAAUGCGGAUUGAGGGUAUUUAAUGAAAUCCUACUGGAUUCACGCAGAAGUUGAAACAAUUGAAAAUGAUUUGGGGUCAAAGGACUAAUAGGAAAGUUUUUAAAUUAUUUCUCUUGGUCUCAUUUGUUUCCAUUUCACAAAACCUGGCCUUUGAACAGGGAUGUGUAGACUGUCAAAUUCACAAGUGAUGAGAGUUAAAUACUCGUUAAAAAAAAAAAAAAAAAAUCCAAACGCUGGAAUGUUUUUUUUUUCCUCAAUGUGAACACUGUCAAGAGAAUCUCGUCUAGAUCGACUCCGUGUUUUUGUUGCUCUUUACUUGCUGAUGAAGGAAUGUUGUUUUUACUACACGAAUGUCAAGAGAGGAAAAAAAAUGCUGUUGAUGUCCCAAGUGAUCUCUUUAUUUUUUUUGUUUUUUAAUGUAGAGACCCCCACUCAUUAACCUAUUUGUGUUGUGAUGAUGAGGGUGAGGAUGUGUGUGCGUGAUUGAGGAGGAACCAACCAGCAUAUAUUUAUUGCACUUUGUGAUUUGGGUGUGCUUUUCCUUUUUUUUUUUCUUCUUCUUCUUCCUUUUUCUCGUCAGGCAUCCCGAAAAGCUGUGAAUUGAAUUCUCAGACACUGUACUGUCAACCAGAGUUGUAAAUAUUUCACCAGCACAAAAAAAGACAACCACAACAAAAACACAAUAUCUUUUGUAGUUUCACAACAAAUAAAAUGUUAUCUUUUA